AUGACAGCAGCAAUUUCGCCCGGCUCCAAGGCUCCUCUCCCUGAUCCACAAGGGCCUCAACUCGACCCUAAACGCCACGCCCACGCCCACGCCCAUCCAGAAGACCCUUCAUCUCCAUCUCGCUCGCUGUCCACUGCAGCACCCACAUCCACCUCCCAAUUCAACCGCUCCCGCCACGGUGCCUCCGUACCUGUCCCUGCCCCAGCUAACGCUACCGCUGCUGCUGCCCCCCCGGAGGCCCAGGCCCAGAACCACGCCUCCUCUGCCACUCCCAACCGCGCUCCCUCGGCCUCCCACUCCCACUCCCACUCCAACAGCACCGCCAGCCGGCACAGAGAAGCAUCCGUUCUUCCUCACCCACAGUACGAGCAUGAGCGGACAAAUCUAGCCCACCAACACCCCAAGAGCACCAGCAGAGAGAGGGACAGAGCCCUCUCCGCCACCAGGGCCGACCCGUCAUCCUCUCGUCCGCACCACUCUCGCGACAGCCAGCACUCCUCCUCCUCUCACCCCCCACAGUCACGCCCUGCAGCCAUGGCUACUACCGUUGCACACAACACCGGCCCUGCUGCCGUCCCCUCCUCCACCGACCCGAGGUCCUCUGGCCAGCCCAAGGCCAGAUCUCGGACGACUAUACCGACUCAAUCAGGGAAAUGGAUCCUGGGCAAGACAAUUGGGGCUGGCAGCAUGGGCAAGGUCAAGCUGGCAAAAAAGGAGGAAAGCAACGAGCAGGUCGCGUGUAAGAUCAUCCCCAGGGGUGUCACCGACGACGGACACCACAGCCGGGCAGACAAGGAGCGUAACGAGCAGGGCAAAGAGAUCAGGACCGCGCGUGAGGCUGCUAUAGUUACCCUGCUCAACCAUCCUUACGUGUGCGGCUUGCGUGACGUCGUCAGGACCAACUACCACUGGUACAUGCUGUUCGAAUAUGUCAACGGCGGUCAGAUGCUCGACUACAUCAUCUCCCACGGGAAGCUCAAGGAGAAACAGGCCCGCAAGUUCAGCCGUCAGAUUGCUAGUGCUCUCGACUACUGCCACCGGAACAGCAUCGUCCACCGCGACCUCAAGAUCGAGAACAUCCUCAUUAGCAAGACCGGGGAUAUCAAGAUCAUCGACUUUGGCCUAAGCAACCUUUUCUCUCCGCGUGGGCACCUCAAGACUUUCUGCGGUAGCUUGUAUUUCGCUGCGCCCGAGCUUCUCCAGGCCAGGGCCUAUACAGGCCCCGAGGUCGAUGUAUGGAGUUUUGGUAUUGUUUUGUACGUUCUUGUCUGCGGGAAGGUGCCCUUCGACGACCAAAGCAUGCCUGCGCUCCAUGCCAAGAUCAAGAAGGGCCUCGUGGACUAUCCAAACUGGCUGUCAAGCGAGUGUAAGAACUUGCUUGCCAGGAUGCUGGUCACGGAUCCAAAGCAACGAGCUACCAUGGCUGAGGUCAUGUCGCACCCUUGGAUCAACAAGGGCUACGGCGGCCCGCCUGACAACUUCUUGCCUCGCCGCGAACCUCUCACCCUGCCGCUGGACCCGGAGGUCAUCAACGCCAUGACUGGUUUUAAUUUUGGCCCACCCGAGGUCAUUAAGGCACAGCUGACACGCUUGAUUGAGUCGGAGGAGUACCAACGCGGCGUUCGUUUGUACCAGCAGGAAAAGGAUCUGCCCCAGCCGUCCAAGGAUGGGGACAAGAAAAGGGGCAUGUUUGACUUCUACAAGCGCCGCAACUCUAUGACUAGCAGGGACACUCUGACCGCUCCGAGCAGCGAAGCUCUUGCCCUCGGAAACGAUCCGCUCAAUGCCUUUAGCCCGCUGCUCUCGAUCUACUACUUGGUUAGGGAGAAGCAGGACCGAGAGAGGGUUGACGUCGUGCCAACAAUGGCAACGCAACAACCCCCGGCCCAGAGAGAAAAAGAUCCCGUUCCUGAAAUAGCGCCGCCACAGGAGGCCCACACUAACGCUUCAGCAUACGAGAUGCCGGGCGAAAAGGCGACUGGUGGGAGAUCAAGGCCACGAGCGCGUACACAUGGGGAGGACGACGUGCCUGACAAGGCGCUUUUGUCGCCAAAGGCGGCCCUAAGCCCAGAUGCACACACAGCAGCAGACAGGCCGGAGAAGAAGGAGAGCGCGGCAGCUGGUAUUCUUAGGAGAUUUUCCACGAGGAGGCGGCCGAGAGACGCUGAAAGGCCGGAGAAGGAUCGGUCACACCCCCCACAGGUUCACGUCCAUUCCCCAUCCGAACAACCACCUGUGCCGGGCAUCCCACCUCGCAAAUCCUUCAGCAUCAGGCGUUCGAGGCGCGACAAGGAAGAUGGAUCAACCUCGCGGCUGCGCUCGGGUAGCAGCCAACCUCAACACAGCGAAUUGCUGAGUCCACCACUCUCUGCCGGUGCCAACAUGCAAGGCCAGAAGAAGGUUCUUGGGCGGUCAACCAGUGUCAACUCCGCGGAAUUCCGCAGAAGGCGGGCCAUGGCAUCGCAUGGGUCGACGACAGACACGGAGGCCAAGGAUCCACCACCCACGAGUGGCUCGGAUCAGUCCACGGACAGGCCGAAGCUACCAGCUGAGAACAGAGGGACGGCGGCUUCGCGGUCUGUCUCCAUGAGGGCCAAGUCUUUGGGCCAUGCGAGGCGUGAGAGCAUCCAAGCCCGGCGAGCCCGCCGUGAAGAACAGCGAGAGCUCCACGUGCCAGAAGAAACGGAUGCGGAGCUCGGCGAUCAAAGCGGUCUGUCCAACGAUGAGCGCAACGACAACCCAAGCCUCGCAAAGCCCGUCUUCUUGAAGGGUCUCUUUAGCGUCAGCACAACCUCGACAAGGCCCGUGCCCGAGAUAAGGGCAGACAUCAAGCGGGUGCUCAAGCAGCUGGGCGUGGACUACACCGAAAUUCGCGGUGGAUUCCGUUGUAUCCACGCACCCAGCAUAGACCUGAAGAAGGUCGAUCCGCCCAACAGCCCGAACCAACUUCCUGGUCACAGGAGACGCUUUAGUUUCGGUCUCCGCGGCGAGCGAGCGGAUGACGUGCGCGACGUGUUGGAAGGGGCUCAGCCCAACACGCCACGGACUCCAGGCAGGUCUCGGGACGAUAGGAGCAGCAGCAACUCGGAUGUUUCAGACAUUGAUAAUUCACGCGACACUGGAGGCCCGUCGAGAGCUCCCCCGGGAGAGACGACAACUCGAGUCCAGGACGACCUGGGUGGGAAUAUGGUGCUCGAGUUUGAGGUAUUCAUUGUCAAAGUACCAAUGAUCAGCUUGCAUGGUAUCCAGUUCAAGCGCAUGACUGGCAACACUUGGCAGUUCAAGAACAUGGCAGAUCAGAUAUUGAGGGAACUCAGGCUAUAA